CAAUCCAAAUAAAAAUAAAAUCACAGCCAAACAAAAAAAUAAAGCCCAAAAUGUCAAAUUAACAAAUGUCAAACCACCAGCAGCAAGAAAUUACCACCGCCGUAGAUUCACCGUCGUUGCCGUCGACAAAGCGUCGCCGGGAGGAUGACCAGCCGUCGGUGACUGCGGCGGAAGCGCAACCAACAAAAAGACGGGCAGUGUUAGGGCAAGAUAUACUGUUCAGGAUUCUAUUACCGUCUAAACAGAUAGGAAAAGUGAUCGGAAAAGGCGGACAUCGCAUUCAGAAGAUUCGAGAAGAUUCUAAAGCUAAUAUUAAGAUCGCCGAUCCCAUUGCGCGGCACGAGGAACGUGUAAUCAUCAUAAGCUCUAAAGACAGUGACAACACUUUUACUGAUGCAGAAAAUGCUCUUCACCAAAUUGGCAGUUUGGUUCUCAUGGAUGAUCAUAAUGCUGAAGGACUGAAAGUUGGAACAGUGCAUGUGGCAGCAAAUACAAUAAGACUAUUAGUUUCCGAUUGCCAAGCCGGUGGUUUGAUUGGGGUAUCUGGUCAAAACAUAGGGCAACUAAGGAAUUCCUCUGGUGCAACCGUUACUGUACUUGCUCAAAAUCAGUUGCCAUUAUGUGCAUCUGCUCAUGAAUCUGAUCGAGUAGUGCAGAUAUCAGGAGAUGUACCAGCAGUGUUGAGGGCCCUGGUCGAGAUCGGAUGUCAGCUAAGGAAUAAUCCACCUAAACAAAUAAUCUCCAUUAGCCCAACCUAUAAUCUUGGCAUCCAUCGGCCACCUCAGCAAUAUGUGGACCCUUCUUCAGCCGAUUAUGUAACUUUGGAGAUGAUGGUUUCUGAGACAUUUAUUGGUGGCUUAAUUGGGAGAUGUGGAUCUAAUAUAUCAAGGAUCAGAACGGAGUCAGGAGCAACAAUUAAGGUUCAUGGUGGGAAAGGUGAAAACAAACAUAGACAACUUCACUUGGGUGGUAGUGCUCAACAGGUUGCAUUGGCAAAACAGAGAGUUGAUGAGUACGUAUACUCCCAGAUGAUGGAGCAAUCCGGUGGUCAGCAUUCAUUAGUUCAUGAUCCAACGGCAUUGAUGGCAGCCCACCCUCCUCCGAUGUUCUACCCACCAGUCCCACCCCAGCCUAUGGCAUAUUACGGUGCACCAAACCCCUAUGCACCACAUUUUUAGGUUCUUAUGUGUUACAAAUGUGUAGUAAUUUUAAACUCUUCUUUUACCUUGUGUGUUCUAUAGAUAUUGAUAAAAUUGCUAUUGCGAUUUGUAUGUACAAACUUCUGAUGGACGCAAAUACACGAGGCUCAUUUCUUUUGAUGCA